AUGAACUUUUUGGUGGUCAAACGUCAAACUCACAAGCAAGUUUUAGCUGAAAUUUCUGUCCUUUGCUGCAGCGACGCGUUUGACCUGCAGUUUGGAGUUGUGAUCCUUCGUCUGCAGGACGGACUGGACAUCUCUCACAUCCCAGGACAAGACGAGCUGCUGUCGUCCCACGAGAAGCCUCCAGUCAGCAGUAAGGAGGUGGUGGUUUCUGUUUCUGACUCUGACUCCUGUCCCUCAAAAACCACCAGCAACCAGAGCAGCCCGCUCAUCAUCAGAGAGACCAAGUCUCCUCUGAGUCUGACGGACCAGCGUCUGCUGGAGAGCAGCCAGCAGUUCAAGAAGAAACAGGGCAAAGGAACCAUCGACGUGUGGUGGCUGUUUGAUGACGGAGGUCAGUCAAACAGCAUCCAUCAGAACAUCUACGGAAAGAGUCUGGCUAUAACCAGCACCGAGGCUCAGCUCUCCACCACCAUCAUCGAGAACCCCGAGAUGCUCAAAUACCAGCAGGAGCGACAGAACUCGGCCCAGGCCAGCUCAGGACCGGGCAGCGCCGGACCCGAAUCCUCAGCGCCAAAACUCAACAGCGUGAUGAACGGAGAGUCCCUGGAGGACAUCAGGAAGAACCUCCUGAAGAAGCAGGUGGAGACGAGAACCGCAGACGGCAGAAGACGGAUCACGCCGCUCUGCAUCGCUCAGCUGGACACCGGGGAUUUCUCUCCGGCUCUGUUCAACAGCGCUCCCAUCCUGCCCUCGGGCUCCUCCAUGUCCAACCAGCUCACCUCCCAGCUCAGCUCCGACUCCAGCCCGGGACAGGCCUCCUCUCUGGGGCUGCGGCCGAGCCACGACUCCAUGCUCACCUCGCCUCCACCCAACAGCGGCGCCAAGGGCCUGGAGGAAAACAAGGACGGCGUGAAGUCCAGUCUGCUGCUCACAUCUGCGUCCAAAAUCGAGCCAAUGAAAGCCUUGGACUCGAGGUUCACAGAGAGGUCAAAGGCCACGCCGGGGGUCACAGCCGCCAUCUCCUCCACCGCCGGACUCACGCCUCUAGACAGGCCAAAAGACGGCAUGUCCUCCCUGAAGGACGUCAAAGCCAAAGAAGACACCAGCAGCGACAGCGAGGACAAGAUGGCCACCAUCAACAAAAACCUGUCGUUCAGCAAGAGGAAACCGGAGCUGCUGAUGGACGGAGGAGAGGUGGUGGAGAAGAGGAAGAAGGGACGGCCGAGGAAAGACAAGAUGGCCGCUCCCAUCGCCCAACACUUCACUCAGAUAACUCCUCCAGCAGAGCGGGAGCCCAGCAGGGUGGCUGCUCCUCCAGCUCCUGCAGCUGCCCUCAAACUACCAACACCAAGUAUAAAGAAGGCCUUCAGUCUGCAGGUGAGCAUGGAGCCGUCGGUGUUCCUGGAGGUGGAGAACGAGGUGUCGGUGGUCGCCGGUUCGAAGCUCAGCCAGCUGCGAUGCUCCAGAGACGGACGGGACUGGAACACCCUGCUGCCCAGCUCCGUGGUCACCGCCGCAGGGAGCAGUGACGUCCUCGCCGUCGCCUGUCAGGACAGGAUGUUGUCAGUGUUCUCUUCCUGUGGGCGGCGGCUCCUUCCCGCCAUCCAGCUGGCCACGCCCGUGUCAGCUCUGCACUGCUCCGCCCACUUCGUCAUGGCUCUCACAGCUGGAGCGACGCUGUCCGUCUGGGACGUUCAGAAACAAAAGGCUCUGGUGAAGAACGAGUCCCUGCUGACCAUUUUAUCUGGUGCUGACACCACAGUGUCUCAGUCUCUGCUGACCCAGCAGGGGGUUCCAGUCAUCGGACUGUCCAACGGGAAGUCCUACUGCUUCAGCUCCUCGCUGGAGACAUGGACUCUGAUAGCAGAUAAAGGAGACUCUUUGGUCCAGUGUGCUGACUUCAGGAGCUGCCUCCCUACCCAAGAUGCACCUGUGUCCUCGGGACCGCUCGCCGUCAUGCAGGGACGCAACCUCAAGUACGGCAGAGUCGUGAAAUCUCCCCUUUUCACUCCGGAUUAA